GCAGAAAUACAUAUCGCAUUAACGUGAUCACAAAGUUUCACUCAUUUAAAUCUAAAAAUAUAAUACUAUUAAAAUAUUUAAAAAAUGAUCUUUGCUUUAAAACUACAUAGAUCGCCAGAUAUCAUUCAUAAUAUUGUACGGUAGAUGGCGCUGUGCUUCCUGAGGAGUGAAAGAUAAAACAAACGAGGAAGAAACUCAUCGUUCUUGUUUUGAAAUGCGAUUUUGCUGUUGCUAACUUUUUUGUUUCUGAUCUUUUACGUUUAAAUGAAAUCCUUUAUUAUUUAAUUUGUUUAAUAUUGUAGAUGUAAAUAUAAAUAUGAUAUGAGUCCUUUGUUAUCCGAGUCCGCUGUUUCCUUGUAGAGAAUAGCGUUAUCAUGAUCAAUGUUUGUAAACUUUGCUAGUAGUAUAAGCACUUAUGAGCAAUACACGGGCUCUCGUGAGUUGCACAAUACUUUCUCUGCAAGACACUUGUUUUAUAUAUCCAUGCUGCAAAGGCUGUCUGUCCAGAUUAAUUCAGGCGAGCAGAAGGGCUACAUGUGGAAGGUGUGGAUUCACAUGUGACUUACAAAACGUGGACCACAGAUAUAGGCUGUCAUUUAAAGUGUCCAGAAACCAAGAUAUAUUUGGUGUGACUGUAUUCGGUGGCUGUUUAAAUCCCUUCUUUGGCAUUACUGCUGGUUGCCUUCAACGUUUUAUUGAUUCAGAGAAAACUGAUGGCGCACAUACUGUUCAACAACUGCUUGUCAAAGCUGUGGAAGACUGCUUUAUAGGAAGAUGUGUCAUAUUCGGAUUAAAGGUUCCUCAUAAUAUUGCCAAAACUUCUUCGCUGUCUGGACAGUUAGUGGCCUGCCAAAUUAUUUCUCCAUGUGAGUCUUUGAUGGGAUGCACUGUAAUCGCUUAUUUUAAAAACCUCUUGCAAGCAAAUUCACAUAUGUGCUGUUCUGAAUCUGCAAACGAUAUCUGUCCAUCACAACAGAAAGACUCACAAAGUUCACAAAGAGAUGAACUCAACAGAUUUGAUUAUACUCCUCCAUCAUGUGCAAGGCUGGAUUCUCAACCCAGCAGUGAAGGAUUCACAAUCUCAAGCCCAUGGCAAUCGCCCGGCUUAUGCUUCCCUCCGGAAAUAUCAAGUAAUCAGCUGUCCAGAGACUGUGAUCGUAAUAUUUUUUCACCAAAGAAAGAAGAGACAAGAACAUGUAAAUGCACAUGUCAAAGCAACAGCAGUCAGUUGAAGCAUGUUAAUUGUAUAAAGGAUGAACUGAAGAAUGAAAGGAAAAAGGAAAAAUCUUUUUCCUCAAGCUUUGACAUGUUUGAAUCAUCUGCACACUUGAACGGUUCGACUGCAUGUGACACUAUGAAUCCAUUGAGCAACUUUCCCUGCGAAAAUAAUUCUGAAAUAACUCCAUCCGGACACUGCCUUGUAAGAGCUAAAUCUGCUGAUUAUGAUUCAUCUUUUCAUGAGAAGUCACUUGAUAGUCAUUCUGGUCAAAAUGUUUGUUUUGGUUUAGAAGAUGCGCCUUUAUCAGAAAGCUUACAAGAUUUUGUUAGGGUUGAGCCUCAGAUAUCAGAGAUAAAUGACACAAAGGAGUGUAGUUUAGGUAAAAGAGAUGAAAUGAUUCAAGUGCAAAAUAGGUGCUAUCUGACUGAAAAUUCAGUGGUCAUAAGCUGUAUCUCAAAGACUACACAAAUGCCUCUUUGUGGUGAUGAAUUGACCUCACCAAUGCGCAAUGUGAACAAUAUAAGCUGGAAGAAGAACGAUGAAAAUGAGUGUCCAGAAAAUCUUGAAAUUAAGAUGAACAUUGCUAAGAUCCCUAAGACUCCCACUGUUCUGUGCACAGCCAAUUAUUCAGGGCUAAAAAAUACGAUGCCUUUUAGUCCUGACAUUAUGUGUGCAUUUAAUCACCCUACAAACAACGGGUUGUCUUUUUCGAACAAAAAACGCACUUUAAAAAGAAAAAAAUUGACCAAAAGCCGACCAUCUGUGACUUUUUGUUCAGUAAACCAUGAAGAGAGCAAAUAUUUCAGGCAUUGUGCACAAAGUGAGGUCCAUUCUGUAAACUGCAAAGUCAAGCAGGAACUGAUUGUGUUUGAUGACCAUGGAGAGAAGUACAAUUGCUCUGUAGACUUGUUUGCUUCUGGUCAAAGCAGUAUGGACAUGAACAUUUCGGAUGUGACAGAGAUUUCUAAAGUAAAUGAACCGAGGAAUGUCAACACAUCAGAGCCUGGAGUUUCAGGUUCCCUGCUGUUUUCACCAUUUUUGCAAUCCACCCCAGUUUCUUAUCAUCAUCAGCACUCAUGUGAACAGAAGAGCGGGCGAACCCGAAGACGUGUAAUCUCACUGUGCCCCAGAGCAAUUCAAUGUGAGAUUCAAAGUAAGAUCACAGAUCUGGGGUUAAGUGAUAAAAGACAAAGUUUUGAUCAGCUGCUGACAGUUGGGUCUGAGGGUUUCUCAGGUGAGACUGACAAGCAGGAUGCAAGUUGUAAUUUAUCUGUUAAUGAAUGGUCCAGAGAUCUUUUUGAAAAUUCAUUUUUUGGUUAAAAUAGCGAGAGAUUAAUUCAAAUAUAUUUGUUCUGUUUUGUAAAUGUAAUUUCAAAUAAACUAUUUUGUAAGUAUGAAA